CAUCCUUGUGAUUAGCUGGAGGUUCACUCUUGUUCAGGAGCCAGAAUGUAAACGGCUCUUCCCUUUGCCCUCCCAGAGAGGUAGCAGUCAACUGAGAGGUACGGAGCCACCUUCCAUUCAAUCAGCUAGUCCUUUGGGGUCACAAAGAAAUGAUGGUUGACCUUUGAAACCAACUCUUGAUGAUAAGUUCACCCCUAAAAUAAAAAUUUUCAGGGGACAGGAACUCUGGGACACAGCAUUCUGAUUUUAAAAUACCUUCUAUUAAUACAUUUUGGGACUCUGAGUGUCAGUGGAAUUUGGGUAAAACAAGAAAUGGAGACACAGCACUCAGAGGCUUCAGGGAGAUUCUCUAAGCCUGUUUGCCAGAUUUCUUAAGCAAGCAGGUGCCCAGGCAAGCUUGAUCCUGAGAUGAACCCAAGGUGUACCAGCUACCCUGAAACACUGCUGCAUUUCAAAAAGAAAAAAGAAACCCAGGACCUUUCCCCGCUUUCAUCUUUCCAAGCAAGCAACCUAAAAUAUUUAACUGGGCCCAUUGCAUCAUUCAUGAAUCUGACAGUACUCGUUCUCACAAUCCUAUGUGCACGCAACUACAAGUCCAGGCCCUUAAUGUUUACCUUCUCCAGAUAAUAGGUGAGGCUGUCCAAGAUGGCCUCCCUCUCUGCUGAGUUCACUCCAGCAGCUUCCCAAUGGUGGCCUUUAGAACAGCCUGAAUUUCAAUUAAAAAAUAAGCUUCCCUGUCACACUGUGCCUUCUUGAAUCUGAUAGCUUAAGCGCAGUAAAGUCUGAUAAAUGUAGCUUUUCUGUGCGCAUUUCAGGCCGCAUUUAGAAGGCAAAAUCAAGAGGAUUUUCCUUUUCCUAGACACAGCUCAGCUCUAUAAAGGGCUUCUGUUUUGUAAUCUGUUUUCGAGAUCUGAUGCAUGUGUUUCUAACACCCCGUCACGUGAGGAGGUCUGACGUAGUCACCCAACAUGACUAUGAGAAAAUAUACUGCAAAGAUGUGUGUGGGAUGGUGCAGCCAGCUCACUGAAGCAAAGUGUCCUUUGUCAGAAAACUUUCCGCAGUGAAUAACAGACCCGUGCAGCAGAUUUCACUUUGAUAUGGGCCCUGCGCUGGCCCAGUAUGGACUGCGGGUUUGACUUUUGCAGGAUUCCAGAUGACAGUCAUGUCCCUUUCCAGGGACCUCAAGGACGACUUUCACAGUGACACGGUGCUCUCCAUCUUAAAUGAGCAGCGCAUUCGGGGCAUUUUAUGCGAUGUCACUAUCAUUGUGGAAGAUACCAAAUUUAAAGCCCACAGCAAUGUUCUGGCAGCUUCAAGCCUGUAUUUUAAAAAUAUCUUUUGGAGCCAUACAAUCUGUAUUUCCAGCCAUGUCCUGGAGCUGGACGAUCUCAAAGCUGAAGUGUUUACUGAAAUACUUAAUUAUAUCUACAGUUCCACGGUCGUUGUCAAAAGACAGGAAACAGUCACUGACCUUGCAGCUGCAGGAAAAAAGCUGGGAAUAUCAUUCUUGGAAGACCUUACGGAUCGCAACUUCUCCAGUUCCCCAGGUCCCUAUGUAUUCUGUAUUACUGAAAAGGGAGUGGUCAAAGAAGAAAAAAAUGAAAAAAGGCAUGAAGAACCAGCCAUCACUAAUGGGCCAAGGAUCACAAAUGCAUUUUCCAUCAUCGAAACAGAAAAUAGUAAUAACAUGUUUUCCCCGCUGGACUUGAGGCCAAGUUUCAAAAAGGUCUCCGACUCCAUGAGAACAGCUAGCCUUUGCCUGGAGAGGACGGACGUCUGCCACGAGGCAGAGCCUGUCCGCACACUUGCCGAGCACUCAUACGCUGUUUCUUCCGUAGCCGAGGCUUACAGAAGUCAGCCUGUACGUGAACACGAUGGCAGUUCACCUGGGAACACAGGGAAAGAAAAUGGUGAAGCCCUUGCAGCGAAACCGAAAGCAUGCCGAAAGCCGAAGACGUCCUCCAUACCGCAGGAUUCUGACUCAGCUACAGAAAAUGUACCACCCCCUCCAGUAUCCAACUUAGAGGUCAAUCAAGAAAGAAGUCCACAGCCAGCUGCAGUUCUCGCUCGUUCGAAAUCUCCAAACAACGAAGGAGAUGUCCAUUUUUCCAGGGAAGAUGAAAAUCAGUCUUCUGAUGUUCCCGGGCCACCGGCAGCAGAGGUUCCACCUCUGGUGUACAAUUGUAGCUGCUGCUCCAAAGCCUUCGACAGCAGCACUCUGCUCAGUGCCCACAUGCAGCUUCACAAGCCAACCCAGGAGCCUUUAGUGUGCAAGUAUUGCAACAAACAGUUCACCACCCUGAACAGGUUGGAUCGGCAUGAACAGAUCUGCAUGAGGUCAAGCCACAUGCCCAUUCCUGGAGGAAACCAACGCUUUCUAGAAAACUAUCCUACCAUUGGACAGAAUGGAGGUUCAUUCACAGGUCCAGAACCUUUAUUAUCUGAAAAUAGGAUUGGUGAAUUUUCCAGUACUGGAGGUACUUUGCCAGACACAGACCACAUGGUUAAAUUUGUGAAUGGGCAAAUGCUCUAUAGUUGCGUUGUGUGCAAACGUAGUUACGUGACCUUAUCCAGCCUCCGAAGACAUGCAAAUGUUCACUCCUGGAGAAGAACAUACCCUUGCCAUUACUGCAACAAAGUAUUUGCAUUGGCUGAGUACAGGACAAGGCAUGAAAUCUGGCAUACAGGAGAAAGACGGUAUCAGUGCAUUUUCUGUCUUGAAACUUUCAUGACCUACUAUAUACUCAAAAAUCAUCAGAAGUCUUUCCAUGCCAUCGAUCACAGACUUUCCAUCAGUAAAAAAACAGCAAAUGGAGGCUUGAAGCCUAGUGUCUAUCCAUAUAAACUUUAUAGGCUACUGCCUAUGAAAUGCAAGAGAGCCCCUUAUAAGAGCUAUCGAACUUCUUCCUAUGAAAAUGCACGAGAGAACAGUCAAAUGAAUGAGUCUGCAGCUGGUACCUAUGUUGUUCAGAAUCCACACAGCUCUGAAUUACCUACGCUGAAUUUCCAAGAUAGUGUAAACACCCUGACCAACAGUCCAGCCAUCCCAUUGGAAACAUCUGCAUGUCAGGACAUACCCACUUCAGCCAAUGUUCAAAAUGCAGAAGCCACCAAAUGGGGAGAGGAGGCAUUGAAAGUUGAUCUUGACAAUAACUUUUAUUCAACUGAGGUGUCAGUUUCUUCCACUGAAAAUGCUGUCAGUUCUGACCUCCGGGCAGGGGAUGUACCUGUUUUAUCUUUGAGUAAUGGCAGUGAGAAUGCCGCCUCUGUGAUUAGCUACAGUGGCUCUGCACCCUCAGUCAUUGUGCACAGCAGCCAGUUUUCAUCGGUGAUCAUGCACAGCAAUGCCAUUGCUGCCAUGACCAGCAGCAACCACAGAGCCUUUUCAGACCCAGCUGCCAGUCAGUCCUUGAAAGAUGACAGUAAACCUGAGCCAGAUAAAGUGGGUAGGUUUGCAAGCAGGUCCAAAAGCAUUAAGGAGAAAAAGAAAACUACACCACAUAACAGGGGAGAAAUAAUGGAGGAGUCAAAAUACGUUGCUGAUCCUGGAGGAUCAUUGAGCAAAACCACAAAUACUGCUGAAGAAACCAGCAAAAUUGAAACCUACAUUGCGAAACCUGCCCUUCCGGGAACCUCCACAAAUAGUAACGUUGCACCCCUCUGCCAAAUAACAGUGAAAAUUGGAAAUGAAGCCAUUGUGAAAAGGCACAUUCUAGGAUCUAAAUUGUUUUAUAAAAGAGGGAGAAGACCCAAGUAUCAGAUGCAGGAGGAGGCUUUGCCACAGGGGAAUGACCCAGAACCCAGUGGAGACAGCCCGCUUGGACUUUGCCAAUCCGAGUGCAUGGAGAUGAGUGAAGUGUUCGAUGAUGCAAGUGACCAGGAUUCCACUGACAAACCGUGGCGCCCUUACUACAACUACAAACCCAAAAAGAAAUCCAGACAGUUGAGAAAAAUGAGGAAAGUCAGCUGGAAGAAGGAGCACGGGAACAGGAGCCCGAGCCAUAAAUCUAAGUACCCAGCAGAACUGGAUUGCGCUGUGGGGAAGGCUCCUCAGGAUAAAGCCUUUGAGGAGGAAGAAACGAAAGAGAUGCCCAAGCUGCAGUGUGAACUCUGUGAUGGAGACAAAGCAGCAGGGGCUGGACACCCAGGAAGGCCCCACCGACAUCUUACUUCUCGGCCAUAUGCCUGCGAGCUUUGCGCCAAGCAGUUCCAGAGCCCUUCCACGCUCAAAAUGCACAUGAGGUGUCACACCGGGGAGAAGCCAUACCAGUGCAAGACCUGCGGACGGUGCUUUUCAGUGCAAGGAAACUUACAGAAACACGAACGUAUCCACCUGGGCUUAAAGGAGUUUGUCUGUCAGUAUUGCAACAAGGCAUUCACCUUGAAUGAGACCCUCAAAAUCCAUGAAAGAAUCCAUACCGGAGAAAAGCGUUACCACUGUCAGUUCUGCUUUCAGAGUUUUUUGUAUCUCUCCACAAAAAGGAAUCAUGAGCAGAGGCAUAUUCGGGAGCACAAUGGGAAGGGCUAUGCCUGCUUCCAGUGCCCCAAAAUUUGCAAAACAGCUGCUGCCCUUGGAAUGCACCAAAAGAAACACUUAUUCAAAAGCCCAAGCCAGCAGGAGAAAACAGGUGAUAUGUGCCACGAAUACUCAAAUCCCUUGGAGAAUCAACAUUUCAUAGAUUCAGAAGACAAUGACCAAAAGGAUAACAUACCAACCGGUGUGGAAAAUGUUGUCCUUUGAAUGGCAAGAGUUAGAAAAAUCUUCAAAAAUAUAGUUGGUAUUUUUUUUAGUUAGUUUUAAGUUUAGUUUAAUUUUGUUCACAUAACGGUCAUGAAGGAGUGAAAUGUGUAAAAAAAAAAAAA